GGCCAAAUAAAAACCUGCAGCUCCAUUUUCCAGCUCCCCCCAUCCCUGUCUUUUGGUUAAGCAGACAGGAGGAGGAUGGCCUAUGCUGAGGAAGACAGAAACAGCUACGAGGUGUACAAGGAAACAGCCGAUUGGUUACGCGGCCGGACCGUCCAGCGCCCCAAAAUCGCCGUCGUCUGCGGAUCCGGCCUGGGAGGCCUGGCUGACGUGUUGGAGAACAAGACAGUCAUUCCAUAUGAGGACAUCCCUCACUUCCCACGGAGCACAGUUGCAGGGCACGUGGGCAGGCUGGUGUUCGGGGAGCUGAGCGGGCAGCCCUGCGUGUGCAUGCAGGGGCGUUUCCACUCCUACGAGGGCUACUCUGCCAGCACGGUCACCUUUCCCAUCAGGGUCUUCUUUCUGCUGGGGGUGGAGAUCUUGGUUGUGACAAAUGCUGCUGGAGGGCUGAAUCCCCACUUCCAAGUGGGGGACAUCAUGUUCAUCAGGGACCACAUCAGCUUGUUUGGCCUGGGAGGGCAGAACCCUCUGCGGGGACCCAAUGAUGAGAGGUUUGGGGUGAGGUUCCCCUGCAUGUCAGAUGCCUAUGACCAGGAUCUGCUGGGCCUGGCCAAGGAGAGCGCCCAGGAGCUGGGCCUGCUGAGCUUCACCCGGGAAGGAGUGUACUGCGUGCUGGCCGGGCCCUGCUACGAGACCAUCGCCGAGUGCCGGCUGCUGCAGGCGCUGGGAGCCGACGCCGUGGGCAUGAGCACCGUGCCAGAGGUGAUUGUGGCCAGGCACUGUGGCCUCCGAGUGCUUGGGAUCUCCCUCAUCACCAACAAAGCGGUGCUGAGCUACGACAGCGGAGAGAAGGCCACCCACGAGGAAGUGCUGCGCGUCUCGGUGGUGCGGGCUGAGGCCCUGCAGAAACUCAUCACACACCUCCUGGGGAGGCUGGGGGAGAGCACAAACUCCCUGUGACCCCCAGCCCUUCAGCAUUCCCAUCCUGACGUGUCGAC